UUCAAAAUCAUGGCUUUCUCUAACACUUCAAGAGUGAGUGGAAAGCCCGCCCGGCCCCUAUGUUUGCUACUCUUCAUCGCUGCUCAGUGUUCAUACUGUGCUGCAAAUCUGAACAAGUGCCUCUCUAGCUCCUGCAAAAAAAAUGCAACCUGUGAACCACACUCUCAGGCCUACGUUUGCCAUUGUCCACAUGCACCAGUGCCAUUCACAGGGAAGAACUGCAAGGAGCUAUAUGACAUCUGUGCUUUAUAUCCCUGUCUGCAUAAUACAACGUGCAACAGUGUUUUAGGCACAAUUGACUUCUCCUGUGACUGUCCUCCUGAUCAAAUUGGCCCCAGUUGUGAAACUUAUCUCGGCAAAUGUGCCAACAUCUCCUGCAUGAAUGGUGCCAUCUGUUUAGAUGAUGCUGCAGGCUCUAGCUGUGUUUGCCCACCAGGCUACACCGGCACCAACUGUGAAACCAAUGUGAAUGAAUGUGCAUCAAAUCCAUGUGAAAAUGGAGCUGUGUGCAAGGACAAGAUUGAUGGAUUUUCAUGUUUCUGUGUGCCUGGCUACCAGGGCAGACGGUGUGAGAUUGAAGUCGAUGAAUGUGCAUCAGAACCCUGCAGGAAUGAAGCUAGGUGCAUGAACGAAAUAGACAAGUAUAUCUGCAUCUGUCCACCUGGUCUGACAGGAAUAAAUUGUGAGCUGGAGAUCAAUGAAUGUUUGUCACAGCCAUGUCUGAAUGGGGCAACCUGUCACGAUCACUUUGCCAGCUACAGGUGUACGUGUGCUACGGGAUUCAAAGGAAAUGACUGUGAAAUAAACUUUGAUGAAUGCGCUAGUCAGCCAUGCCAGAAUGGAGGGCAAUGUAUAGACAAAGCAAAUGGAUAUAGCUGUGACUGUGCGAACAGUCAAUUCACAGGUGCACACUGUGACAUCUAUGUUCCAGCUUGUCUUUCACAUCCCUGCCUCAACAACGCCACCUGCCAGGACAAUAUUGGAAACUACACUUGCCACUGUUGGACAGGUUUCACGGGGACACAGUGUGAAAUUGAUAUCCAUGAAUGCUUCAGUAAUCCUUGCCUCCAUGGAGGGGAGUGUGUUGAGCUCUCCUGGAAGAAUGUGUAUGGAAACAGGUCAGAGUUGCCUGCAGUUUUCAGCUAUGAACAUGCUGCUGGCUACAUCUGUAAAUGUCAGCAUGGAUUUACCGGUUCACACUGUGAGAUGGAUGUUGAUGAGUGUGACUCAAAUCCAUGUCAAAAUGGUGGAACAUGUCAGAAUACCAUGGAGAGUUACAUCUGUCACUGCCCAGCAAGAAACGAACAGGAAUUGUUUUAUGGUGGCAAGAACUGUACAGACAUUCUGACAGGCUGUGAAAACCAUGAAUGUCUGAACGGAGCGACAUGUAUCCCUUACCUAAAGGAUGCACAACAUAGGCACAACUGCCUCUGUCCUAAUGGUUACACUGGUUUGAACUGUCAUUUAUCAACAACCUUCUCUUUUGAAGUCAGUGGAUUUCUCAGUAUUAAAACAGCAAAUGCCAGCAAACCUGAAGAAUCAAUGGAUAAACUCCUCUACAGUGUAUUCCUAAGAUGUAGAACUGUACUGUCUAGUGCAAUUAUAUUUCGUAGAGGAAACAAGGAUACAUUUAUGAAAUUGGAAGUACUCAAUGGACAUUUAUUUGCAUCUUUGAAAAUGAGAAACCAGCUGGUUGCAGAUCUUGAGAUUUUUAAGAAUAUUACUGAUGGUGACUGGCAUACUGUGGAAGUGACAUUAGGCAGUGACUUUUCUGUUAAGCUCUUGGACAAUUCAUGUUCAGAAGAAUGUAUGAUCAAAAGGUUUGUUGGACUGGAGACUGGGCAACUUGCUUCUGCAUUUGAGAACACUGUCUUUGGGGGCACAGAAAUUGAGCGUGGACAUUUUUCGGAAGUCACCAGUAUUAUUCAGCCUCAGCCUUAUUUUAUUGGUUGCAUCCAGGAUGUGGAGGUGGAUUCACAAAGAAUUGAUAUAGAAAAUCUUUCUGUUGACUCAACACUAAACGUCAAACUAGGGUGCAACAAGAAUGAGUGGUGUCAGAGGAACCCAUGUCAGAGCAAAGGCCAAUGCAUUGAUUUGUGGCUAAGUUACAAAUGCCAAUGCUUUAGACCAUACGUAGGAUUUAACUGUUCAGAAGAAUUAAUACCGGGCAGAUUUGGCCAUGAAGAUUCUAAAGGCUAUGCUUUGUUUAUUAUUGAUGACAAUCCAGGUGAAGAGGUGGAAAUAUCAAUGUUCAUUCGCACACAGAAACCAAAUGGUUUGUUGCUUGUCUUGAAACAUAGACAUACUCCCUAUCUCCAGGUAGGGUUGGACACUGGCAAAAUUGUUGUCCAAACUCACUUGUCCAAACCCCUCAUAGGUGGUCGUUUCACUACUGACAGUCCUUUUCACUUAAUAACGGUGAAGAUAAAGAAACACAUUUUGGAACUUGUUCAGGAUGGACAGGUGGUCGGUCACACUCCUAUUCGUCCAAUUCGAGUUCAAGCUGGAGAUGCACUGUUUGUCGGAGGCCUGCCAGAUCAGUCGGAACCAGCUCAAGAUGGAAGAAACUUUAAAGGAUGCAUCCAGGACUUAAAAAUGAACAACAGAAGACUGGAGUUUUAUCCCGUGGGUGUCUCUGAGGAUUCCUACACUAACAGAACACUUGUAAAUGUCACAAGUGGCUGCACUGAUGACAAUGCGUGUAAGUUAAACCCGUGUCUGAAUGGUGGAACCUGCUCCUCCAACUGGGAUGAUUUUAUAUGCAAGUGUCCUCCAAAUACUUCAGGAAAAACUUGCAACCAAGUCAAGUGGUGCCAGCUUAACCCCUGUCCUCUAAAUGCAGAAUGCCAGCUGCUCAGUGAUGGAUUUGAAUGUCUUGUUAAUGCAACUUUUAAAGGACAGAAAAAUGAUCUGGCUUUCAGGGGGAAUGGCAAGAUCAAGCGUGAGCUCACCAAUAUUACAUUUAGUUUUCGAACAAGGGACUCAAAUGCUGUUAUACUCCACGCUGAAAAAGAGCAAGACUUUAUCACAGUUGCUAUCCAGCAGUGUCAUUUAAUAUUUAAGAUGCAAAGUGGAACCAGCCUGGGCAACCUGAGUAUACUCAGCUCAAGAGCAAUAAGUGAUGGUUUCUGGCAUGAUGUUACAUUUUACAUGAGAAAUCCCUUUCUUCAGUAUUCCAGGUGGCAGAUGGUAAUAGACAAGGAAGAGAUGACGACAAGUGCAGUUGUCAGUGGGAACCUGAACUUUUUGUUAGAAGGAACAUACAUUUAUCUUGGAAGUGGAGGCCCUAAAAAAGGAGGCAGCUUCGCAGGAUGCCUGAAUACAUUGAAACUUGGUGGUAUCUCCUUACCAUACUUCACAACUGACAAUAUGCAAAUUAUCCAGCCUCAACAAGAACAAUUUAUCAAAAUAUCCUCCAAUCAUGUAAUAAUGGGGUGCCCGAUGAAGAAUAUCUGUAUGCCCAAUCCCUGUAAAAACAAUGGGAGCUGUGAGGACAUGGUCAGUUACUAUCGCUGUAAUUGUGCUUCAGGCUGGACAGGUCUGAACUGUGAAGUCAACAUUAAUGAGUGUCAGUCAAGCCCUUGCAUUCAUGGCAACUGCACUGACAAAGUCUCAGCAUACAACUGUACAUGUAAAUCUGGCUUCAAGGGCAUUAAUUGCGAAGUAAACAUAGACAACUGUCGGAAGCACAAGUGUGCAAAUGGAGCUACGUGCAUUGAUGCUAUUAACAGUUACACAUGUAGUUGCCCUGAUAAUUUCACUGGAAGAUUCUGUGAAUAUCCUAGAUUAUCUGCUACAUUCUGCACUGAAGAGAAGAAAAAUUGGACAUGUUAUAAUGGGGGAAAUUGCACAAAUGGGAAGACUACAAGGUGUAUCUGCCCAACAGGAUUCACAGGAAACAAAUGCGAAGUCGACAUUGAUGAAUGUGAAUCAGACCCUUGUCUUAAUGGAGGCUUCUGCCAGAACUUGCCCAAUAAGUUCCAUUGCAUUUGCGACAUGAGCUUUGCUGGUGACCGCUGUGAGUUUGAUCAGGAUGGGGAAGCCGGGACCUCCGAGAUUGUGCUAUAUGCUGUGUUGGUUGCGGUGGCGUUCUCGCUCAUUUUCUUCCUAGUCCUGAUUGCCACUGUCGUGACCCUAAAUAAAAGAGCGAGCCACGGGGCGUAUAGCCCCAGCAGGCAGGAGAAGGAGGGAUCGCGAGUGGAGAUGUGGAAUAUGUUGCACCCAUUGCAAGUGGAGAGGCUUAUCUGAAUGAACGUGGAGUUUGGUAAAUUACAUAUUCGAUGACAUUGUCACAAAAUGCACAGAGUGAGAAUGGCAGGAAAAAUGCCUCAACUGGAAUUGAAAACCCUUAAACAUGCCAAUUAAACCCGCUGAGUUGCCAAGUCACUCCAAACUACAAUUAAAAUUUUGUUCCAUUUUAAUCAUUCUUUUCCAUUAAAUAAUUGACCUUGUUUACAGUGUAGGGAUGUAACUGACCUGGGGGAUAUAGGACACACAUACAGGAAGAAGAUUACCAUCCAAAUAUUAAUAUUAACAUUAAACACAUGCUCUGGCUCAGAAAUGCCCAGGAGUGGGUAGGCAGCGCUCCUCUUCAUUUAGGGAGCACUUCUAUUUUCUUUUUAAGAAAGAAAUCUGGGAUUGGAGCUUUGAACUAUGUUGGCAAAAUGAGAAAAGGAAUGAUCCUUCUGUGAUAGCUGGCCUGGACCUUCUGCUUCAUUGUGUUUUAUUUUCAAUUUGCUCGGAAGAGAAAAAAUUGCAGAAUUUAACAUUCAAAUUAUGUCCCAGUGACUGGAAUUUUUGUAACACUUUGCGCUGGUUUUAAUACUAUAAUAAUUCAACCUUCGAUGAUAUGCAAAUAGUUGGGGCGGAAAUUUAAAAUGCGAGAAAAAUCACAUCUCAAAAACUGCGCAAUUUGGGAGAUGAUUAGCACACAGAAAGACAAUUGCACCUCAAAAUGAACUAUCCCAGUAUGCUUGUUUCAAAACAGUUCUACCCUUCAGCAAACCAUUGAAUCUAAACAGACUACGCACGGCCGUUUCUGUUCAUUCUCACCACAAAGCGACAUGCCUUCAGCAAAGAUUUUAACUAGACAAAGUAUCAGUUACUGUACUGUUUCCUAAUGAUCCAAAUUUGUCACAAAGUUUCUAACACAGGAGCAGUGUCGUUCAUUGCCAGGAUCUAGAGUUGCCCAGCUUACCCCUUAGGAGAUUCUGCCCACCAACAACAACAAUCAAACUCUACAUGCAGAAAAACAUUCAAUCCCUGGAUAGUAGGAACUGCAGAUACUGGAGAAUC